AUGUAUAUUGAAGAGAUUCCACCUGGAUCCGUCCCAACAUUGGCGAAACUCCUGCAGUUUCGACCCAACGAACCUCCGGAAGCCCUCUCACGGCGACUUCUCCAGGGGGUAAAAUCGCUGCCUUCAUUUCUCAGACCCAGUCGCUUGGAGAAGAUCCUCCUGCCGCCUCGCGGUCAUCUCUGCCAGGUGCACAAAUGCCUCCAUUACGACGUUGUGGACGUGGUGCUGCACCAUGUCCAACUCGAGGUGGGGAUUCGUCUCAACAACCUCAUUUCGCAGUGCGAUCUGCUUUCUCCGGAGCAGUAUGUUCGCGUGAUGAGACUCCGGGCGCUGCACGCCUUGUGGCUCACGCCGGAAGACUACGAAAAGACUUUCUUGACUUCAAGCCAAAAUUCCAAGUGGAGUUACCAAAGUGACCGCUGCCGCGCAUGCAUGUUGUGUCGUCUCACAUCCGAUCUAGAAAUCCUCCUGGACUUGAGGUGGGCAGUGCGGUCGAGGGCGACGCAAAAUUUCAUUGCGAUGCAUGGAAGUCCUAAGCUCCAAUUGUGGGUGCAGGUCUGGAUUGCCGUGCUGGCGCGGUGCGUUGAAAGGGCGACUGGCCAAGAGAUUGACUUGGACACGGUCCUGUUGGAGAACGAGCAGCAAGCCGUGGCGUUGAAGAAGGUAAGGGUAAACAUCGAAGCGUUGAGGAAGGAGAAAUACAAGUACAUGAAGCUGAGCAGGACGAAGAGUAGGAGGACAAGAGCCAAGGGCGCCGACAGUUGUCAUCUCGUUCCAAAUCCCCCGGGUCCUCCAUGGCGCGAGGCUGCAGAGACAGCCACCGUGCAAGACACCCGCGACAAUCAUGCCGGAGAGGAUCUGUCAGGAGAACCGAACGAAGCCGAUCUUGAAGCCAUGGAUGCGUUCGAGGCAUUGACCAGCACGACAUAUCUUCCAGGUCAAUCGCAUCUAAACGCCAAAUAUCCGUUCGAAUCGACUAUCAGCUCUGUCUCAGGCGACCCAUCCACGAAAGGCCAGAGUCCUUACGGACAUUGUUCCUCCUACACGACUGAACGCGCAUCAAUGUAUAGCGUUGUGGAAGAUCCACUAACUGGUGCUUCGCAGGUGCUGACAGACUCGACAGACCAGGAUGAUGAGCAGCUUGACUACGUAUCUCCAAGGUCACAGUGGAAGGCAUCGCAACAAGAACAGCAGACGCUACCAUCAACUGUUUACUCUCGUCCAACAGACAGCAGAGGCGGUCAUGAACAACUGGACGGAGCGUUCUCUGGCAUGUCCACCAGCGCAAUAGUCUCGUCGCGAGAUUCUUGGGAAACAGAGCCUCUCAUGGCGUCGAGUUCGAGCAUAUACUCUGCCGCAACAACGGCGACGUCCAAAACACAGAAGCGCUAUGCCGCUCGGAGCAGACAACGGCUGGCCAGGGUUGACGAGCACGAGGACGAGCACUGCUGGGGAAGCCAAGGCGACUACUACUCUCGCUCCCGACGCGAUGCAGCAGAGACGUACACUGACCUCCUCGACCCGACUCCAUUUACGCCCACCACCACAUCCGAAACUCUGUCGAGACCGGGACAUGGACCGGGAGCAUGCACGCCUCCAACGUCUGCAUCAGAACUGUUCCUCCGUCUGUACGAUGAUGUGUGCCGCCCUGUCGCAGAUUCAGGAAGCAUAACAACAAUACCUUCACCAUCCAAAUCGACUACUUCUGAGGCUGCGCCCCACCGAUCUCAUGUACCGUCAACGGCCCCUCCGAGGAGACGCCCGGUGUCCUCGACAGAAGAUUUCCUUCAUCUGUACGGCGAAGUGGUCAGCGCCUACUCGCGAGACAGAAGCUCAGGCUCAGGCUCAUUUCUAUCACCAUCGACCGUCCGUACGGCGUCCACGUCGACCGUAGUCUCGGACACGACGAGGAAGAGGUUGACUCCCGAACGGCUCUCCGUCAGGGCGAGCACGAGCACGAGUCAACGCCAUAACGACGGCAGAAGAAGGUCCGACGUCCCGACCAUCCACGGCGACGUGCAUGUGCACAUGCAUGAUCGAGCAGUACCAUGCAGCUCUGCAAGUAUUAGUAGUGGGCAUAGCAAAAGCCGAAGGAGCCGCAGCAGCCAGAGCGACCGCUACGACCAGUGCGAUCCCCGCGACCGGGACAGCAGGACCUCAAGCGAUGUGCAAUCAACGUCGAGCGGAGAGUGUCAUUCGCAAAGAGGGACGAUCUGGGUUGGUUUUGACCACGGCAGGUAA